AUGGCUCGGGCACUGGGAACACCAGUUGUACCGUGGUUGUUGGGCUUGUGCUGGUCUCUGGCUAACGCCCAUCCUCUUUCUCUGGCUAAUGCCCCUAGGCAUGGAGCUGAACGUGGGAAUGCAACCAAGUUGGACCCCGAUGUGAUCGAACGCUGCUCGGAUGGCUGGGGCUUUGAUGCUACUACCCUGGAUGAGCAUGGGACUAUGCUGUUUUUUAAAGGGGAGUUCGUGUGGAAGGGUCAAGACUGGACUCGGGAGUUAAUCUCAGAGAGGUGGAAGGAUGUCCCCGGCCCCGUGGAUGCUGCAUUCCGCCAUGGUCAUGACAGAGUCUUUCUGAUCAAGGGGGACAGAGUCUGGGUAUACCCUCAUGAUAAGAAGGAAUAUCCAAAGUUGCUCCAAGAGGAGUUUCCUGGAAUCCCAUCCCCAGUGGAUGCAGCUGUGGAAUGUCACACUGAAGAAUGCAGAAAUGAGGGUGUCUUGUUCUUCCAAGGCAACCGCACGUGGUUCUGGGACUUCACUACAAAAACCAAAAAGGAACGUUCCUGGCAGGCUGUUGGCAACUGCUCUUCUGCCAUGCGAUGGCUCAGCCACUACUACUGCUUCCGGGGUAACCAAUUCCUGCGCUUCAACCCUGUCACGGGAAUGGUGUUUCCUAAAUACCCUCUGGAUGUCCGAGACUACUUUAUGCCCUGCCCUGGCAGAGGCCAUGCACACAGGAAUGCGACUCGCCAUGGGGAUAAACGCUGUAGCCCAGAUCUAGUCUUGUCUGCACUGCUGUCUGACAAACAUGGUGCCACCUAUGCCUUCAGUGGAUCCCACUACUGGCGUCUGGACACCAGCCAGGACGGGUGGCAUAGCUGGCCCAUUGAGCAUCUGUGGCCCCAUGGUCCUUCAACAGUGGAUACUGCCUUUUCCUGGGAUGAUAAGCUCUAUCUGAUCCAGGGCACCCAGGUAUAUAUCUUCCUGACAAAGGGAGGCUAUAUCCUAGUAGAUGGUUAUCCAAAGCGGCUGGAGAAGGAAUUCGGGAGCCCUCAUGGGAUCAACCUUGAUACUGUGGAUGCAGCCUUUACCUGUCCUGGGUCUUCUCGCCUCCACGUCAUGGCAGGACGGCAGCUGUGGUGGCUGGACCUGAAGUUAGGAGCUCAAGCCACGUGGACAGAGCUUUCUUGGCCCCAUGAAAAGGUUGACGCGGCCCUGUGUACGGAAAAGUCUCUGGGCCCCAGCUCGUGUUCCGCCAAUGGUCUCGGCUUGUACCUCGUCCAAGGCCCCAAUUUGUACUGCUACGGAGACGUGGAGAAAUUGAAUGUGGCCAAGGCCCUUCCCCAGCCCCAGAAAGUAAACAGCCUCCUGGGUUGCCCUCACUGA